AUGAACAACGACAAAAAAUUAUCGAAUCUUCCGUAUGCAAAUGUACAACGGAUGCCAUCUUCAAGGACUGCGACGGCAGCCAUGAUCUCAUCAACAAAAAGUUCAGAAGCGGCAUCCAAAGCAUCAACUCUUCGAAUUAUUAAUCAAGAAGAAAUUCGUAGUUUAUUCGAACAACGUAAGGGAUCUCAAUACUUCAUUCCUGAAGGAUAUGAACCGAUUUUAAUUCCACGCGAUUCGCAACUACAACCUGUGGCAACCCUUUUACAAAAUAAUAAAGGCUUACAACAACGUUCUCUACAAAAACAACAAUUAAAAAUUCAACAAGCCAACAACCAAAAUUCGGCAGCGCCGGGAGUAGUCGUUGUUAAUAAAACCUUGACACAACUAGUUUCACCCAUAAAUUGCAACAUAAAUCCUACACCGCCCGACGUUCGGUUUCCUCAUUUAGUGUUGGCUCAAGAAUCUAAUCAGAUCCAAUAUUCGGUAAAUUCAUGUUCACCAUCAACAUCACCAAACGAAUAUGUACGUAUAGAAUCCUCAACCUCUUUUGAUAUUAUGAUGGAUGGAGUUUCGCCAGACUCAGAAUCAGAUGCAACUUCGUUCGGAUUCUUUGAUUACGGAUAUCAAUCGCAUCCCGGUGAAUCAUUUGGUUAUUUACAACAGUUUAACGUUAAUCCAUUUGAUUUUAGCGCAAUGAUCCCAUCUACAUCACAUAUCGAUUCUUAA